AUGCUCUCGAGGUCGUUCUGUAAACUUCUCGGGGUCACCGCGCUCGCGCUCGCGGCGCAGUUCGUCGGGGCGACGACGAUCUCGCCACGCGUCGUGCACGAACGCCGCGCCGCUACCCCGCGCGGAUGGUCCCUCCACCGCCGCGCAGACCCCGACAUGGUCGUCCCGCUCUCCUUCGCGCUCUCCCAGCCCAACAUCGAACACCUCGAGGCGUACCUCCUUGACGUCGCCGACCCCGCUUCGCCCAACUACGGCAAGCACUGGUCCCCGGCCAAGGUCGCCGCGACGUUCCGCCCCACGGACGAGUCGGUCGACACUGUGCGCGCGUGGCUUACGAGCGCGGAGGGGGUGGACGCGUCGCGCGUCCGGCUCAGCAAGGAUGGCGGGUAUCUCGACAUGAGCGUGUCUGUCGCCGAGGCGGAGGCGUUGCUCGAUGCGGAGUACUACGUCUAUGAACACACGGACGGCACACGGCACGUCGCGUGCGGGGACCGCUACCACCUCCCCUCGCACGUCGCGAAGCAUGUGGACACCGUCUGGCCGACGAUCCACUUUGAUGUCGUCCCACUCUCGAAGCGCACGGCGGACAAUACGGCAGGGCGGGCGCCGGCGAAGGGCUCGCCCUCGGACUUCAAGCCCGCAGCGGCAGAACGGCUGGCUUCGAGUUAUCCUACCCCCCCUCCGAGCUGCUAUUACGCGAUGACGCUCGACUGUCUGCGGACGUUGUACAACUUCAACUACGACCUCGUAGUGCCUGAACAGCACUCGAUCGGCAUCGUUGAGUUCGGUAUGGAGACACUCAACCUUGCGGACCUACGUAUGUUCUUCGAGAACUACGCCCCCGAUCUUGCGAACAAGACUCCUACUUUCGUGAGCAUUGAUGGAGGGAUCUCGAAUCAGUCCAUAACCGACUCGGACCUUCUCCUCGAGCCGAACCUCGACUUCCAGUACGCCAUGGGUCUUCUGGGCGAGGAGGCGCAAGUGCUUCAGUACCAGGUCACGAAUGAAGGUGGUCCCAGCUUCCCUUACUUGCAGUAUGACCUCCUCCUCAAGGCGCUCGACGCUGACUACUGCACCCUUGAGGGGGCGAACUCGUCGCAACCAGAACAGUCCGAUAAUAACGAGGACUGCGGUACGAAGCCACGGGCAGACGUCAUAUCCAUUUCCUACGACCAAGCUGAGUUCGUGUUUGGCUCGAUCGCCGCACAGAGGCAAUGUACUGAGUAUGGCAAGCUUGCGUUGACUGGGAUCACGUUCCUCAUGAGCUCGGGCGACAACGGCGUAGCGACGUUCAGCAACGUUUGCGUCGACGCCAUCGGCUACCCCGAUGUCGGUGAACCCGACUUCGCGCCGCACAUCGGCAACACCUGCCCCUACGUCACCUCGGUCGGCGCGACGGAGCUCAAGGCCGGAGACCCCACGCAUCGUGAGAUCGCGCCACAAUCUUUCAAGUCCGGCGGCGGCUUCUCGAACUUCAUCGCCCGCCCGUCGUUCCAGGACGCCGCCGUCCAGAGCUACAUCGCCAACUUCACGGGCAACAUAAGCGCGGAGGCGUUCAACCGCGCCGGGCGCGCGUACCCCGACGUCUCGGCCCUCGGCCUGAACUACCAGGUGGCCAUCAACCAGGGAUUUUGGAGGGUUUACGGCACCUCCGCCUCGACGCCCGUCUGGGCCGCCCUCAUCUCCGCGGUCAAUGACGCGCGGCUCGCCGCGGGCAAGUCGGUGGUGGGCUGGGCGAACCCCGCGCUGUACUCGUCCGCGUUCGCGGAUGUGUUCCACGACAUCAUAUCGGGCGACAACUUCGCGUGCGGGCCGAACCAGGACCUCGGGUUCGUCGCCGCGCCGGGCUGGGACCCCGUCACUGGGUUGGGCACACCGGACUUUGAGAAGCUGUUGGCGGCGUGGAUGUCGCUGCCUUGA